AUGUGUGACAAGUCAAAAAAAAUACUGGACUACACGAUAGAAUUCUUGGAUAAAUAUAUACCUGAAUGGUUUGAGACGGAAAAUAAAUGUCCCUUGUUCAUAUUCUUCUCAGGUCCACAGGGCUCAGGCAAAAGUUAUACAAGUAUCCAAAUCUAUAACCAUUUGAUGGAAAAAUAUGGGGAUGAAAAAUCCAUCGGUUACGCCUCAAUCGACGAUUUUUAUUUAACCCAUGAAGACCAAUUGAAAUUGAAUGAGCAAUUCAAGAGCAAUAGACUGUUGCAGGGACGUGGUCUACCUGGCACUCAUGAUAUGAAAUUGUUGCAAGAGGUAUUGAAUACCAUCUUCAAUAAUGAGGAGCACCCAGAUCAAAAUGCUGUCAUACUACCCAAGUAUGAUAAAUCCCAAUUUAAUGGAGAGGGAGAUCGUUGCCCCACUGGUCAAAAAAUCAAACUUCCAAUUGAUAUUUUUAUCUUAGAAGGUUGGUUUCUUGGAUUCAAUCCAAUUUUGCAGGGAAUUGAGAAGAAUGAUCUUCUUAGUGGGGACAUGAUUGAUGUCAAUGCCAAGCUUUUCUUCUACAGUGACUUGUUGUGGCGUAACCCAGAAAUAAAGUCUUUAGGGAUAGUAUUCACCACCGACAACAUUAACAAUGUUUACGGUUGGAGACUGCAACAGGAGCAUGAGUUGAUAUCAAAGGUUGGGAAGGGGAUGACUGACGAACAGGUGCACGCCUUUGUUGACAGAUACAUGCCCUCCUAUAAACUUUACUUCAACGACUUUGUUCGGAGUGAAGGUCUAGGUUCUAUAGCUACAUUAACGUUAGGAAUUGACUUUGACAGGAAUGUGUAUUCUACAAAAACAAGAUGCAUUGAAUAA